UCUCUCGUGAUCUCGUCUGUUACUCCGUCUCCAAUUGUGCAGAGUGAAGUCUUAGAGCAACAAAAUGCUCUUUGGAAAUUGAUUUAUCAAAUUAACCAACAAACGUGGAUCUGAGAUUCCCAGUGCCUGCACGUCCACAACCCUAAAACUAAAACUCUUCUAGAGUUCCUCAAUCUCUGCAGACCAAAAUGGCGGGAGCUCAGACCUCUGACAAUCACCCAUACGUCCCCAGAGAUCUGAACCUCCCUGAUUUCGUUCCUGGCUUUCUCUCUCAAUCCACCAUUCUAAGCGUUUACGGCGUAUCUUCUCUACUUGUCGUCUCUCUCAUUUGGUUCAUUUCAGGGCGAUUCAAAAUAUCAAAGACUGAUAGACUGCUCAUGUGCUGGUGGGCAUUUACGGGGCUGACCCACAUUAUCCUUGAGGGUUACUUCGUUUUCUCUCCGGAGUUCUUCAAGGAGAAGACUCCCCAUUAUCUGGCAGAAGUUUGGAAAGAGUACAGUAAAGGUGACUCAAGAUAUGCAGGAAGGGAUUCUGCAGUUGUUGCUGUUGAAGGGAUCACUGCAGUUCUGGAGGGUCCAGCUUCUCUUUUGGCCGUGUUUGCUAUAGCGAAGAAAAGUUCAUACAGCUACAUUCUUCAGUUUGCCAUCUCUUUGGGACAAUUAUUCGGAACUGCGUUAUACUACGUUACUUCUUUCUUGGAUGGGGACGACUUUGCUGCAAGCCCAUUCUAUUACUAUGUGUACUAUGUUGGAGCAAAUUUCUCAUGGAUCAUUAUACCUUCACUAAUUGCAAUUCGGUGCUGGAAGAAAAUAAGUGCAGCGUUCCAUGUCCAAGUCCAGAAAAAGAGCAAAACACAUUGAAAUAGAAGCAUUGCUUCUAGAGAGAUGGUUGGUCGUUCGGACUUAAGCUUAACCAGACAUAUCCAUCGUGUGCUUUUACUCUUAAAUCGAAAGGUUGCAAAUCAAGGUAUUUCAUUGUUAUGUGGAAGGAGAAGGAAAUUUUGGACGAUAAACUCGACAAUAUAACCAGGAACACAUGCACUAAAUAAGACAAGUAAAAAAACCUGAGUUUCUGGUAAAUUGGUAGACUUUAUUUCAGGUCUGGCCAAGCCUCAGCCCAAAUGUUGCUUUUGGCUGGGUGAUACUACCGGUAUCCAGCCAAAUGAAAUGCUUGUAGAAUUCUGUUUUAUGAAUAUUGUUCACUAAUGAUCACUUUAGGAUGGAUCAUAAUUUGUAUGUUGUGCAAAAUAUUUAAAAUAAGGAUGGUGGUUCCUCAGACCCAUGAUGGUUUAACAAAUUUUUAAUCUUGGUUCUA